GACUACGAGUCCCAGCCGUGCCCGCGCUCGCCCGCGGCCGGCAGGGGAGGGGGCGGGGGCUGGGGCUGGCGGGCCGCCACCGCCCGCCCCGCACCCCCGGCGCUCACCUUGGGCGCGGAGGAGAGGCGGUGUGCGGUUGCGGGAGACAGCAGCGCCUGGAGUGGAGACUGUGGAACUGUUCUUCCUUGGCUCUUCCUCCGUGAAAUCAACUAUGGAACAUGCUCAAGAACAUGAAGCAUGUCUUGAGCAAACCCAGAGGUAUUGUGUGGAGAGACCAAUAUAUAACCAAGAGCUCUUGCAAGGACAGCUGCACAGACGAGAAAGAACACCUCAGACUUUAAGGCAGAAGAUUGCACAUUCUUGUCGUUGUUCUUCUAAGAAAGCCAAAUCUCAUCUUUACAGUUUCUUACCAAUUUUAAAAUGGCUUCCCCGCUACCCAGUGAAGGAAUACUUAUUAGGAGACAUUAUCUCAGGUAUAAGCACUGGGGUUAUGCAGCUUCCUCAAGGUUUAGCCUAUGCUUUGCUGGCAGCUGUUCCUCCAGUAUUUGGCCUAUAUUCUUCAUUUUAUCCUGUCUUUCUGUACACUUUUUUUGGAACCUCCAAGCACAUAUCAAUAGGCACCUUUGCUGUGAUUAGUAUGAUGGUUGGCGGCAUUGCCGUGAGACAAGUGCCUGAUGAAAUAAUUUCUGUAGGCUAUAAUUCUACUAAUGUUACAGAUUCCCUUGAAUAUUUCCAUGCUAGAGAUACCAAGAGGGUGCAAGUAGCUGUGACUCUCGCUUUUCUUUCAGGAAUUAUCCAGUUGUGUCUAGGUUUCCUUCGAUUUGGAUUUGUAGCCAUCUAUCUAACGGAGCCUCUGGUGCGAGGAUUUACUACUGCUGCUGCCAUCCAUGUCUUUACUAGUCAAUUAAAGUAUCUCCUUGGUGUUAAGACUAAACGAUACAGUGGCCCUCUCUCAGUUGUAUAUAGCAUAGCUGCUGUGCUUUCAAAAAUAACAACAACCAAUAUUGCUGCAUUGAUUGUUGGAUUAACGUGCAUCGUUCUGUUGUUGAUUGGCAAGGAGAUCAAUCUCCGAUUUAAGAAGAAGCUCCCAGUUCCUAUUCCUAUGGAAAUCAUUGUGGUAAUUAUUGGCACAGGAGUUUCAGCUGGAAUGAAUCUGAGUGAGUCAUACAGUGUCAAUGUUGUUGGGAAUAUUCCUAAAGGGUUACGUGCACCAGCAGUUCCAGAGAUGCAGCUCAUCCCCGCAGUAUUCGUGGAUGCAAUUGCAAUAGCAAUAGUUGGAUUUUCAAUGGCUGUAUCAAUGGCCAAGAUCUUUGCCCUUAAACAUGGUUAUACCAUUGAUGGGAAUCAGGAACUUAUUGCCUUGGGAAUAUGCAACUCUGUGGGGUCAUUUUUCCAAAGCUUUCCAGUCACUUGUUCAAUGUCUCGGAGUCUUGUUCAGGAAAGCACUGGUGGGAAAACUCAGAUUGCAGGGGCACUCUCCUCAAUUAUGGUUCUGUUGGUAAUUGUGGCUAUUGGAUACCUCUUUGAACCGCUUCCACAGACAGUGCUAGCUGCAAUCGUAAUGGUGAACCUGAAAGGAAUGUUUAAACAGUUUGGAGACAUCAUGCACUUCUGGAGAACCAGUAAGAUUGAACUGGCCAUCUGGUUGGUAGCUUUUGUGGCUUCUCUUUUCCUGGGACUAGACUAUGGUUUGCUUACUGCAGUAGCGUUUGCAAUGAUAACCGUUAUUUACAGAACACAAAGCCCUCAAUACAGAAUUCUUGGUCAGAUUCCUGACACUGACAUCUACUGUGGUGUGGAAGAGUAUGAAGAGGCUAAAGAAUAUCCUGGAAUAAAAAUAUUUCAAGCUAAUGCAUCACUGUAUUUUGCCAAUAGUGAGUCGUAUGCAAGUGCACUGAAGAAAAAGACUGGACUGGACCCCUGUGCCAUAUUAGCAGCGAGGAGAAAAGCCCAGAAGAGGCACGCCAGGGAGAUAAAGGAGGCAAAUAAACUCCGAAAGAAAGCUGUUUUGAAACUAGUGAAUACUCCGACUAAUGACGUGGAAGCAACUGUAAAACAUGAAAUAGCAAACGAUGAGCUACCCAUAAAUGGAAACUUUGCAGAUGCUAGUGUAGAAGACACGUCUCCUGAUGAGCAUGAACGUUUUGUGGACUCCAAACCAAACAUCCACUCUUUAAUUCUGGAUUUCACCCCGGUGAACUUUGUGGAUUCAGUUGGAGCAAAAACAUUAAAAUCAAUUAUAAAAGAAUACAAAGAAGUUGGUGUCUCUGUCUGUAUUGCCAGCUGCAGUGGCCCUGUUAUGAAUGAGCUGACAAGACUGAAGUUUUUCGAUAACACUGCAACGAGAGAGUUGCUCUUUCACAGUAUUCAUGAUGCCGUCCUCGCUUGCCAAGUGAAAGACAGACAGGAGGCCAGUUUCACAGACCGACUGUGACCUCUGAAGAGGCACCGAGCAGAACGGAAGCCAGAUUUAUGCUGAUGGAGACUCUUUCUGAAUAUUUAAUUUGCACAGUUUGAAGAGAAGCCUAAGGCUAUUUGUAUCUACGGGUAUAGGGUGGUGCUUAUUUUCUGUAGGAAAAGCGGAUAAGGAACUGGAAGCCUUCAUGCUCUUGAAUUUCUUCCUUCAGUCAGGGUGUAGCUUUCCAAGCACAAAAUUAUGCAAGACAAGAAAAUUCAGUGUACUAUGCUACAAUCGGAACCUGAUAGACAAGGUGACAUUCCUAUUCCUAUUGAGAAAAUGGGCACUUUAACCCACUGUGAGGUGGGAUCCUGCAGGAAUAACUGUUCUGCAACUGCAAUGCACUGUACCAGUGUCUUGAAGGAACUUUCUAAGAUGGCUUGUAAAGCCUGAUGUCAACAUCUGCAUACAACAGAUUUAUAUAAAUUAUAAUAAUCUGCAAGCUGGAUUAAUGAAUUCACACUGGUGGCAUCAAGCUGCUACUCUUUCUAAACUUGGAUGGUACAGUUAUUUUUUUAACUAUAUAACCUGUCUCAAUGAUACUCAGCCCUUCAUUGCCUGGACAUUUUCACUCUAAACAAUUAGAAACUCAUUGUUUAAUUAUUACAUUAUCAGUACGGUACUUUCAGUGCCAGAACCUAGUUAUGCCUUCUUGAAAAUAACACAGCUAAUUUUAAACUAAAACUAGCUUAGCUUCCAAAUUUGAAGACAAAAUUGGGUAAAGGCAGGAGUGAAGCCUGCUAAAAUUAAAUUAGGAACUGAUGCCCUAUCUGCCGUCUUUUAAGCUGGAAUAAAACUGUAGACAAGGUCUAAAGUCUCAGCGGUCCAAAACCAAAAGAUAAGUUCUUUUGUGUUGCCCAAGCAGUCUUCCUGCCAGCAGUGCUGUUCCUGCCUCAGCUUCUAAGUGCUUUGCAAAAUAGAUUUCAGUAGAACUCAAAAACCUUACAUGUUGGGUUUCUUAAAAGAAACAAUAGCGUGAGGGUUUUUGUUGUCUUUACAACCUGGCCGCUGUGGCACCGCUUGACUUCAGGUGUGAGAUGAGAAACAUGGAAAGGUAAUUCAGCAAAAGAAAGAAAUCAUCAGUGCCUGUAUUUCCCUAACAACAAUCGCUAUGAUUCUGAGCAGAGGUAGGAACCUACAGGUGUCUCUGUAGGUUAUUUUGAGGCACAGGGGCAGUGAAAUGCCAGUGAUGUUUCUUUUAACGCCCUCAAAUCACAGGUCCUGUGCGUAAAGGAAUUCAAACGACUUCCUCUCUCUGAAUGCGGAACUUAGUGCUUUCAUUUUGCUUCCAGCUCUGUUGCUUCAGGUGAAUCAAGUUUCCCAAGAACCGGGCACAGCCGGGGAAGAGGUUUUCUUUCCUCAGACUCCCCUGCCAAUAGGGAUAGGAAGCUUUCUGCAUCAGAAAUUACUGCUUAGCUGGAGUUUACAGGGUGAAUUGGAUGCAUGUUAACACAUUGAGCAUGUUUAUUUAUACAACUUUUGGUACAUUUUAUAAUAUUAACUAGUUCCACAAGACUUUGUAUCUAUAUACAGUAUAUUUUUCUACUUUCCAGCUUGUCGCAGCUUCAGUUUUUAACUAUGUAGUCUCUUCAGUUCAUGUCAAAAUCCUGUCAACUUCUAAAAUAAAGUGAUGGUCAUGUCUUAACAUUU